CGUUCAGUGUUGAUUACUGAUUAAUAAUCGGCAGCUGGUAGUGUGAGUGUGAGCUGAGUUCAGCGCUUCAAACCCAAAGGACUCUACUUUCUUCAUCCAUCCAUCACCUCCUCCUCCUUCGGGAUGAAGACUCCUCUCAGCCCCUCUCAGCUCCUGGAGAGUGGGCAGAUCUUUGCCUUUGGAGGGAUGUGUCAUGAACUGAUGGACAGACCCAUACCUACAACCAUCAGUCUCUCUGUCCAGCAGACUCCACCCCCAGGUCAGGGUGGGGCCUACUCGCUGUGUGAGGUGUGUAACCUGCAGCUGACCUCUGCUGCUCAGGCCCAGGUGCACUACAAUGGCAAGUCUCACCUUAGAAGAGUGAGACAGCUCCAGGCUGGAGAGACAGGACAACAGGCAGCAGCAGGGGCUCAGUCUAGGUCUCUUCCCCAGCCCACAGGGCUCAGCUCCCAGCCAACAGGACUAACUCCGACACCAGGCCCCAGUCCAGGCAUCAGUGCUCCAUCCAGCACGACUGCAGGAAUUGGGUGUGGUGCAGUGGGCGGGGCGUUGCCAGGGCUGAUAGGCGCCAGUAGUCCCUCAGUGAUGAUGAAAUCAUUCCUGUCGUUUCCUGUCGAGACAACGUCACCAGUCGGACUUUUCCCAAACUUCAACACGAUGGACCCGGUGCAGAAGGCCGUCAUCAACCACACCUUUGGCGUUACCUUGGUACCCAAGAAGAAACAGGUCAUCUCAUGUAACGUCUGCCAGCUGAGGUUCAACUCUGACUCUCAGGCAGAAGCUCAUUACAGAGGCAGUCGUCACGCGAAGAAGGUCAAGUCUCAGGAGAACAAGGCAAAGGCCAAGCUGGCAGUCACUGGAGAGACCAAUGAGAGCAGCACAAGUCCUGUGGGCCUCACCCCACCUGUCUCAUCAAACAGUAGCACCAAUCAGCACACAGAACUCUUAUCUAGCCUUAUAGACUCCUCCUCUCCUCUCAAAUCGUUCCUCCUCCCCUCUUCCUCCCCUCUCUCCUCGUCCUCCUCUUCCUCUAGCAGAGCAGGCAGUGAGCCUCCUCCCUCCAGUCCUCCCUCUGCCCUCCCUGCACCGGGCCUCUUCUCCUCUCCUUCCUCCUCUUCCUCUUCUUCCAAAGCCUCUCCCCCUCCCCCUCCUCCAGCUCCUGUCACAUCCGCUUCAUUCUCUGCUCCCCAUCCUCCUCCUACUCCUUCCCAGGCCUCCUCCCAGGAUGCUUCUCUCUCCGCAGAGUCGGAAGAGGAGAAAGCAAAGAAGCUGCUGUACUGCUCUCUGUGUAAAGUCGCUGUCAACUCUCUGUCUCAGCUGGAGGCUCAUAACGCAGGUUCAAAGCACAAGACGAUGCUGGAGGCUCGGAGUGGUGCCGGACCAAUCAAGGCCUACCCACGACCCGGAGCCAAGCUGAAGAACAGCAGCAGCUCUGGAAUAAAAGGGUCCGGCCUGCAGAACAAAACCUUCCACUGCCAGAUCUGUGAUGUCCAUGUCAACUCUGAGAUCCAGCUCAAACAGCACAUCUCCAGCAGGAGGCACAAAGAUAGAGUGGCAGGAAAACCCAGCAAACCCAAAUACAGCCCUUACAACAAACAGCAGCGCAGCUCACUCACUAAGGAGCUGGUGAAGCCCUCUCUCUCUCCUUCCUUCCUCUCCACUCCCUUCGCUCCUCCACCCUCCUCCCUCACCUCCUCCAUCUCGCUCCCUCCCACCUCUCUCUCCUCCUCCCCUCUCCUCACUCCCACCUCCUCACCCCUCACCCCUGCCAUCUCUCUCCAUCCUCGCCCUCCAGCGUCCUCGUCCCUCUUCACCGCAUCCUUCCUGCGUCCGGCUCCUGGACCAAUCAGAACGAGCCAAGGAUCCAUUCUCUUCACACCCUACUAACGGCAGUAUCACUGGUGGGGAGUCGAACCGGCGACCUUUGACCUCUGACCUCCAGUUUGUUGGAGCUCAACGGGCAGAGGAGUCCAGAAGAGACAUUCAAACCUGCAACCAUCUCACCUGACUGAGGCUUCAAAAAGAGACCUGAGAGGACAGAACCUCCACCUCCUUCUGUCUAGAUCUCCUUCUCUGGUCCAAAAGGUCACAGCUGACUUGAAAGCAACCCGUGAUGAUUUUUUCCAAACCAGAAUGGGACUCAAUGCUUUAAAAAAAACACAGCCCUGAACUGAACAUAAGUUAAAAGGUUCUCACACA